AUGGCCCGCGCAGUCCGCUCGAUGCCCUCCCUCCUCGCGCGCUAUCCGCCACCUCUCGUCAUCGAGGCCCGCGACGCUCGUCUUCCCCUUACCUCCAUCAACCCGGUGUUCGAGUCCCUCCUCCGCCGUGCACCGACGGCGAAUGACAGCCUCGACCCGUCUUCAUCCGAUUCCGGUGCCGACGCAUCCUGGCGCACCCGUCGACUGGUCCUCUACCUCAAGCGGGAUCUCAUCUCCCCCUCUGUGCAGGAGGCGGUGCUGGCGGCCAUGCGAGAGGCCGACCCGCACACCCACGUGCUGUUCAUCGACACUCGGGUGGAUUCGGACAUUCGUCGUGUGCUCUCCUGGGUCAAUAGCAGGGCGAAGGCUAUAGCGGACACUCCUGGCUUCGCACCACGCGAACGGAGCGAGCGACAGGAGAAGCGCGCGAAAAAGGGCCUCAGCGGCGCUUUCAGGCACACACCCACGCCGGAAGAGGGAGUGAGGUUGUUGAUCCUCGGCAUGCCGAAUGUGGGUAAGAGCAGUUUGUUGAAUGGUUUGCGCAGGGUCGGGGUGGGGAAGGGGAAAGCGGCGAGUACAGCUCCUACGCCGGGAUGGACAAGGAAGUUGACGGGGACGGUGAGGAUUAGUAAGGCUGGACCGACCAAGGUCGAGCCUGAACCGCGGACAUUGGGAAGACGGUCGAGGUUCAAAGAGGAAGAAGAGGAGGGAAGCUUCACCAUCACCCCUAGCGAGGAGGAGGGACCGAAAGACCCACCCAUCUACGUGUACGAUACGCCCGGUGUCAUGGUCCCUUUUCUGGGUCACGGCAGCGACGGUGCGGAACGCGGACUGAAAUUGGCCAUCACAGCAGGCAUCAAGGAGUCGCUGUUCGACGUUCAGAUGCUUGCCGACUACCUGCUGUAUCGUCUCAACCUUCGUCCCUCUUCUUCGACAGGAGAGGAACUGCCGAGUUACAUCCACAACCUCCCCAUCCCACCCGCCGACUUUCUGGCCACAUGCACCGACCCACUCGGGCGGACGAAUUCGAUCGUCGAACUCCUCUGGCACCUAGCCGGUAAAGCGCCCGGCUCGCUCCGCAAGGGUAACAUCCGCGACCUCGACGCAGCAGCGACGUUCAUGCUGCAACACUGGCGGCUCGGCAAGCUGGACUCCAACACCGAGCUGGAUCUCAACACCACCGACGCGGGGGAGAUUCGACAGAAGGUGAUGAGCUUCCUUCGCGGCGAGAGGGUCGAUGCGGGCUUGCUGAGCGGGGCGAUGCGGGUGAGAGACGAGGAGGGAGGUGGCGAGAGUAGGACACAGGUGAGGAAGAUGCAGAAGAAAGAGGAUGUCCUGGCACGCAAGAGGAAACUGAUGGACAAAGGUGUGGCGGUGGGUAAGAAGAGGAUUGUUUCCAAACGACCCCCUCCCAGAAACCCCGGGAAGAAGGCAAAGUAA